UUUGACACAUUUGCACCCGACAUGCUUGUCAAGUAACUUAAAACACAAACAAAAUUGAUUUCUUCGUGUAUAAAUAGGAAAAAUAGUUUUCAAUUGAUAGAUUUUCUCGAUUAUAACCAGAUAGUAUAGGUAAGUGCCGUUUGACGAUGACCGAAGAAAAUAUUCGUGACGAACUGAGAAAAAUUGCAAACGUUAUGGAUAGCGUCAGUUUGGAGACUGUAAAAAUUGCUAAGAUUCAGGCCGAUAUGUGUGAAGUAAAGAAGGAAAACACCGGCCUCAAGGAAAAGGUCAGCUCGUUAGAACUGAGAGUUACCAGCUUGAAGGAAGAAAAUGCCACUUUGAGAAGCGAGGUUAACACGCUGAUAGGUGAAGUGAAAACGUUAAGUGGCGAAAACGCCGUUUUGAGAGGUCUAAACAGAACUGUGCUGGACAAGGCAACAAAAUUGGACGAGGAAAAUAUCGUUCUGAAGAAUAACGUUGAUACACUCAGGAGCGAUUUUGAUGUGUUGAAGUCGACAUUUAUGGCGAAAGUUGGCCAAUGCAGCAACGAACAAGAAUCUGAUUUGGCAGGUGGAGAAAAAGAAGAACUGGCAGUUGGAGAAGGAGUGACAGGUGGAGGAGAAGAAUUGGCAGGUGGAGAAGAAUUGGCAGGUGGAGAAGAAUUGGCAGGUGGAGAAGAAGAACCGGUUGAUACAGAAGUAAAUUUAGAUGAUGGAAAUAUUGGAAGAGAACAGCAGAAAAAGAGAGAGCAGAUAGAAACGUUCCGUAAUUGGAAAAACGUAAUGAAACAGCGGAAAAAACCUGAAGAAUUUUGGGCAUCGGGUCUCGUAAAGUAUACCAUGGAGGAGUGGGAGGAUGCGGAAAAGAUGGAUGGUGAACAAAUUUUGGAUUUCAUUAAUACGAACGUCGACGAGCUGACGGCAUUUAUUUCAUCGGAGAAAAGCAAGGAAAGAUUUUUCCUCACAUUCAUUAAGUUGUGCUCGAUGCGCGAUGUAUCAAAAUCGAAAUUUCAGGAAAUCAUGCAGUGUUUUGAGGAAAUUGUAAUUGCAGGAGGAUCGUCACAAAAUCAUCGGAUCACCGAACCUGAAGUUCGAAAGUUCACUGAACUUUAUAAAGGAUUACUAGAAUCGAAGUAAAUGUUGAGUCCACGUCAAUUUGUACAUUAACGAACAAUUUCUUCGUCCAAAUAAAGAUUUCUUUUCGGUAACUUCUCAAAAAGCACAGUCUAAUGACUCACAAACUGGAGUUGACUGAACCUCGUCUCAUAAAAUCAAAAGUACAAACGAGAAGAUCGACACUAUGUAACACCAACCGAUUUUGGAUGCGAGAAAAGUGUAUAUGAAAUGGAUCAACGUCAGCGUGCAGUUAAUUAUGUGAGCCUGGUAGAAAUUUCGUGAUUCACUCAACAAAAUGUUGGAUUAAAAC